CGGCCUGUGCGGACCGCAACAAAUGAUGUCAGUAUCUGGUCCGACAUCCCUCAGAACGACUUCCGCGAAAAUCUCGUCAAGCUCGAGAGGCGCACCAAUGCCGUGCCAAUGGAUGUCCUUAUCGCUCCUGUCAUCCACGACAGCUUCACAGAGACAGAUGUUUUACCUCUGAGUGUCGAAAGGCAAGUGGCCGAUGAUCUCGCUUACAUCGCGGCCGUGACAGAAGGAGCUCAAAGCGUUGCCGCCGUCUGCUUGGAACAGCACAUUGGAAGUAAGCUACUCGUGCGAGUUGCAGGUAUGGACGUCAUGGAUGCAAAGAUUCGAGACAUGCUGGACAAGACGGCCCGGCUACUAGAGAAAGCUGCGACUUUGCUGCAGCAGGCCGAGACGUGUAAGGAGCGGAUGUUCGCCCUGAUCACUGAGCAGCAUUCACAGAAAUUGCUCGGCCGCAUGCGUUCGGCGAAAUGGCAGAAACCUGCCUACUUGAGGAAGACACACAAGAAGCCUCUCGUUCGGGACUUCGAGAACCUGUCACACCGAGUUCAGCACGCAUAUCCAUCAAAGGGUGAGGGGCAUACCCGAAAGACUUUGGUCGAUGCCAUCACGGUGCUGAGCAAGGAAUACGAGCGUUUUGAGAGCACGAAUAUCGAAGACGAACUAAAGAAGUUGAAACUUCUCGUAAGAUCUACCCACGACUGGUGCCGAAACCCUGACGUGAGAGCUUUUGCAUCCAAGCUCGACGGUAUCUCUUCCCCGACUCCCCAAGUCGCGGCUGCGGUGAAGACAUUGCGGCAAUUGGAGAAGAUUGGCGCCUACUGGAGGAUCGCGAGCAAUCUGGUCGACACCGCUACGAAGUUUCCAAAGUCAUUCCGCCGGAUCGAGAUCAAGCAUGUGGUGCCGUACGCGGAGACGCCGACCGAGAUCGCACAUGAAAGCUGGGCGAAAGUGAUGCACGUUCACGCUGAGGUACAACUCGUUGUUGAGUAUGCAAUCAAACAGCAAAAGGACAAGGAGCACGACCUACAAAAAAGUGAAGGAUCAGACUUCAUCAUCUGGCCCAGGACCAUCGGAACAAGCAAAUACCUCUGCUAUCUCUGCUACCUCUUCUUGCGAGAAUACGGUGGAUUCGGACAUGCGCUGAGUUCGCACGGAAGACUAUUCGACCAAUGGACGGUACCAGAUUUGGAGGACUACGAUCACGAGACGAGAGAAAAGCUGGCUCAGGUUCUAUUCAGGAUGAAUGGUUGUGUUGUGAGACACACCGAGAAGCUAGGAGAAGCCAUUGUCUGGAGACCUGAGCCCAUGACGAGUCGUCAGAAUCUAUUG